ACAGAGAGAGAGAGAGAGAGAGAGAGAGAGAGAGAAAUCGUUGUUCUGUUUUUCCAAUUCGAUCUUCAAUUUCUCUCUUCUUUGCAAUUACGAUAAUCCAUAAUCCUCGGUGACUGUGAUUCGUUUAAUUCUGUAUCUUCUUCUUCAUUUUGGAAUUCAGAUUUCACGAAACCGAAAUCUCCGUUGCUCUGUGUGCGAUUCCGAUGUCGGCCAUGGAAGGAGGAGGAGGAGGAACGCUUUCUGAGAUAUACCAUAGUGCGAAGAGGCUUCUAUUGAGGACCAGGGAUGAGCUUGAGAAGCUGGAGCGUCUUGAGUACACGGCGGCCAGCGGUAUGGACUCCCCCGACCUUUCCUCCUCGAUCAAGAGGGACAUUACUCAGAUCCAGUCGCUCUGUGUUGAGAUGGAUAGACUCUGGCGGUCCGUGGCGGCGAAGUCUCAACGUGAUUUGUGGAAAAGAAAGGUGGAACAGAUUGCCGAGGAGGCUGACUCUAUGAAACAGAGUUUGGACAAGUAUUUUCUUAGAAACCAGAAGCGGAUGAUGGAAGCAAAAGAGAGGGCAGACUUGGUUGGAAGAGCUAAUGGAGACUCUGCUCACAUUUUGAGAAUUUUUGACGAUGAGGCACAAGCUAUGAGUUCAGUUCGAAAUUCGUCGCGGAUGUUAGAGGAAGCUAGUGCGACGGGAGAAGCGAUCCUUUUCAAAUACUCUGAGCAGAGGGAUCGCCUGAAGAGAGCACAAAGGAAGGCACUGGAUGUCCUUAACACAGUGGGGCUCUCCAACUCCGUACUGAAACUGAUUGAGAGACGGCACCGAGUUGACAAUUGGAUUAAAUAUGCAGGCAUGAUUUUAACAAUCGUAGUUGUGUUCGUAUUUGUUCGUUGGUUACGAUGAUUCUUCACAUUGAUUGUCAGACAAUUAGAUUCAUACUGGAUCCUUGAAAGGGAUACAUUGAGUCUGCUUUAGCCUCCCACUGUUGCACCCCUGAAUGUCUCAGUGCACCCAGAAGACAAAAAACUACACACUAAACAGACUACUUAGCCAGAGAAGCUACUUCGGACGAUGCCCUUCCUGUCGAGCUUUGCAACCGCGGUAACUCGCCAUGUUUUCAGCUAACCUUUAGACCCUUCUGGGUUGCUAUUGUUUAAGGUCUGAUUCAAGAUGCAUGGAUCUAUCAGAAGCAGCUGCUUGAUGAUGGAUGGUGGCAUAAACUUCUGAAGUUUCUUGGUGCCUCAGUUCUCUUCUCUAAGGUUAUUUCUUCCUUUUUUUAGUAGAGAUUUUGCACCUACUACUAGAACUAUGUGAAGAUCGCUUGGUAAUCUCUGUGGUAUUCUCUUUUUUUUUUCUUUUUUCUUUCAAAUUAUGGUGUUUAAACAUGUAAGUUGUUCUUGUAGCUUUGACUACCAUACCCACAUAUUUGAUUUUAAAUAAAUCCCCUAUCUUAGGCAGGGUCAGCCUUCAUUUUGAUGGAU